UAUGCGGUCUGAGGGCUCUAGUGCGAAGGAGGAUCUUCUGUCCAUUCACGGUUAUUUUUCGGCUAUUCUAUGGACGCACAACGUCUCGUUUCAUCUACGGAAGUAAACACAGACUGACUCAGAAGGAAUUCGCCAAGCGAAGUUAUAAUCUUUCUUCAUUAAACCUGCUUUUUUCAUCGGAGCAAACAUGUAUCGCUUGCGGGCGUUGACAGCAGUCACGGUUGGGACGGUGCAGUGUUCACGGCGCGUACACCGAGCCAGCACGCGCUCGCCUCAGCAUCGCAGAUUGCUUCUGGCUGCUCUGGCAGGAGUAACGGGCAUCUCCGCAACUACAGGACUCCUCUGGACAAAGGCUUAUGCCGAGGCAGCCUCGUCUGUCAAGCUCGAGGAGGAGCUGCACGAGGAGGAAGCAGCGAAAGACACGAACGCAGAUUCUGACAGCAUGGUGGAGUCCGGCAGCAGCGACGAGGAUGACGAGAGCUCAGAGAGCAAGAAGAAGAAACAGAGAGUUGGCUUUCGUGACCGUAAGGUGAUGGAGUACGAGAACCGUAUCCGAGCCUACUCCACUCCUGACAAGAUCUUCCGCUACUUUGCCACACUGAAGAUCAUCAGCGAGCACGGGGACGCCGAGGUGUACAUGACGCCACAGGACUUCAUCCGCUCCAUCACGCCUAAUGAGAAGCAGCCAGAGAACCUAGGUCUGGAUCAGUUUGUGGUGAAACGCUAUGAUGGAAAGAAGAUUGCUCAGGAGCGAGAGAAGUUUGCAGACGAGGACAGCAUCUUCUAUACGCUCGGGGAAUGCGGCCUCAUCUCCUUCUCCGACUACAUAUUCCUCACCACCGUUCUCUCCACACCUCAGAGAAAUUUUGAGAUCGCCUUCAAGAUGUUUGAUCUUAAUGGCGAUGGUGAGGUGGACCUGGAGGAGUUCGAGCAGGUGCAGAGUAUAAUCCGUUCUCAGACCAGCAUGGGCAUGAGGCACAGGGAUCGUUCCACCACGGGAAACACUCUAAGGACGGCCGGCUGCAGUUCGGCUCUCACCACCUACUUCUUCGGAGCGGACCUGAAGGGCAAACUGACCAUCGGCGCGUUCCUGGAAUUCCAGAGGAAACUCCAGCAUGAUGUUCUCAAGCUUGAGUUUGAAAGGAAUGACCCAAUGGACGGCAGAAUCACAGAGAGGCAGUUUGGUGGAAUGCUUCUGGCCUACAGUGGUGUUCAGUCACGUAAACUUAAACAGAUGCAAAAAGGACUGAAGAAGAUGUUCAAAGACGCACAGGGGAUCACGUUUGAAGAAGUGGAGAAUUUUUUCACGUUUCUGAAGAACGUGAACGACGUGGACACGGCGCUGAGUUUCUACCACAUGGCUGGUGCCUCUAUAGACAAAGCCACUAUGAAGCAAGUGGCUCGCACUGUAGCGAAGGUGGAGCUGUCGGAUCACGUGUGCGACGUGGUGUUCGCCUUGUUCGAUUGUGACGGUAACGGCGAGCUGAGCAACAAGGAGUUCAUAUCCAUCAUGAAGCAGAGGCUGAUGCGAGGGCUUGAAAAGCCCAAGGACAUGGGCUUUACUCGCCUGGUGCGUGCUAUGUGGAAGUGUGCGCAAGACACAGCGUGGGACUUCGCCAUGCCUAAACAACAGUAGUAGGAAAGAGAGAGAGGAAGCAGUGAGAGAGGGUUUAAAAAAACAAUAAAAAAAACGAGAGUGAGAUAGAAAGACAAAGAGCAGCUUUGUGUGCAGCCAGCUAAAUUAAGUAAUGAACUGAAGAUGGCAUGUAAUAAAUCAUGCAUAGUGUCCAAUGCUGCUGCAUGAGGAAGUGUGUGUGUGUGAGUGAGUGAGUGUGUGUGUGUGAGUGAGUGUGUGUGUGAGUGAGUGUGUGAGUGAGUGUGUGUGAGUGUGUGAGUGUGUGUGUGUGUGUGUGAGUGAGUGUGUGUGAGUGUGUGUGAGUGUGUGUGAGUGAGUGAGUGAGUGUGUGUGAGUGUGUGUGAGUGAGUGUGUGUGUGAGUGAGUGUGUGUGUGUGAGUGAGUGUGUGUGUGAGUGAGUGUGUGUGUGAGUGAGUGUGUGUGUGAGUGAGUGUGUGAGUGAGUGAGUGUGUGAGUGAGUGAGUGUGUGAGUGAGUGUGUGUGUGAGUGAGUGAGUGUGUGUGUGAGUGAGUGUGUGUGUGUGAGUGAGUGUGUGUGUGUGUGUGUGUGAGUGAGUGUGUGUGAGUGAGUGUGUGUGUGUGAGUGUGUGUGAGUGAGUGAGUGUGUGUGAGUGUGUGUGUGUGUGUGUGUGUGAGUGAGUGUGUGUGAGUGAGUGUGUGUGAGUGAGUGUGUGAGUGAGUGUGUGAGUGAGUGUGUGUGUGCGAGUGUGUGUGCGAGUGUGUGUGCGAGUGUGUGUGCGAGUGUGUGUGCGAGUGUGUGUGCGAGUGUGUGUGCGAGUGUGUGUGCGAGUGUGUGUGCGAGUGUGUGUGUGUGAAGGACUCCAGCUUCUCCACUUAAGUCCCUUCCCAGCUCACACUUCUUAUAGUCUGCCACAUAUGUGCAAAUAUCACAGGCAAGAAUUUUAAGAUGUUUAUCUAUACUGAGAAAAGAGCUUUUAAUACAAGUAUAAAGAUGGUUGUGCAUGCAAAAUGUAUCUGUGACCCUUUUCAUUUUAGAAUGACUUACGGUCCUGAGGUCAUGUCUGUGCAGUGUUCAUGUGGGUUUCCUCCAACCUCCUAAAAACAUGCAAAUAGCUGGUUGGAGAUUAUAAAUGUGGGUUAAUGGUGCCCUGUGAUGCACUACUGUCCCACCCAGAGUGUAUUUCUAGUUCACGGAUGUUAAUGGGAUGGCCACCGGGUCCGCCGCAACACCUUACCAGUAUAAAAAGGGCCACGGAAGAUGAAUAAAUGCAUUAUAAUGGCAUUUGUAAAUGGUAAUUAUUUAUAAUGUAAACCCUAAAUUGAUGAAAUUCCUUUUCAGAAGCAUGAAUUAUGAUUAUACACGUGGUUCUGUUUAUGUACCGAUACAAGACAAGACACUAUGAAAACCAUGUAAGAACAAUUGCAUGUUUAAAACACGCAUCACAUCAGCCAGAUCAAGGUUAAACUUUUUGUGUAAACAGAUUUCAGUUCUUUUCUUAGUACAGAAAAAACGUGCACGUUCCCUGCCUGCGGCACUCAGGUGUGUGAUACAGUAUAAACUAGUGAGAAUGCUGGAGUUCUUCUAAGGGCUGAGGGGAUUGUCGGAUGUUUUGCAAGCGUUGUUGACAUGCACUAAAACGCUGAAAAGCUCUUCAGAAGGUCUUUGAUUUAGAGCUCUCUGCCUUCUUACAAAGCAAAACUGUGUCUGUUUUAAAGGACGCAUACAGAAAAGCCAAACCCUAGCACUCAGCAUUACAGUGUACUUUAUAACUCUUUUUUUUUUUUAUAUAUAUAAUAUAUAAUUAUAAAGUGGCUAUGGGUGUGAAAAAAAACUUCAUUGGGAACAUGAUGCUAUGUACAUGAAUAUCUAUUAUUGAAUGAGUGUGACUGAUGUUCAGAGUUACUAUAUUAAACCAUUUUUCAUGA